AUGACAAAGCUAAGUAAAAGAAGAGAAAUCGAGUGCAAACUCAAUGGAACACCACCACCAAAGCCCUUGUACAAGAUGGACUCGAUUUCCAAUCUAUUCAAGCGAAAUAGAAAGAGGAGAUUAGACGAAGACGAAGACGAAGAAGAAGAAGAAGAAGAAGAAGAAGAAGAAGUGGAUGGAGAUAAUGGUGGAGCUAACCGCGACUCGACAGUUGCUGCUGGUGCAACGGAUGAAGAGAAAUUGGAAACGGCGUCAACAGCUUUGAAUGGCGUUGAUGUUGGGCGCGAGCAAAGUUAUAAGAAGAGGAAAAUCAAGACCAAGGAAGAGGAGGAGUUUGAAGAGCAGGAAGUCAAGUAUGACGAAGCGCUUCCGCCAAAUCUCCGCAAAUACCGGCCAAAGGGGUUCCCAUUCAACAUCCCGCCAAAAGACCGGCCAAUUAGAAUAUACGCCGACGGUGUGUUUGACUUGUUCCACUUGGGCCACAUGAAGCAGUUGGCGCAAGCAAAAAAGGCGUUUCCAAACGUCGAGUUGGUGUGUGGGAUACCUUCCGAUAAGGAGACCCACAAGCGGAAAGGGUUGACGGUGUUGACGGACGAACAGCGGUGCGAGACGUUGAUGCAUUGCAAAUGGGUCGAUGAAGUUAUCCCCAAUGCACCCUGGUGUGUCACCCCCGAGUUUCUCACCCAGCACAGAAUCGAUUACGUUGCCCACGAUGACUUGCCCUAUGCGAGUAGCGACAGUGACGACAUCUACAAACCAAUCAAAGAGCAAGGCAAAUUCCUCACCACGCAGAGAACCGACGGUAUAUCAACGUCAGACAUCAUCACCAAGAUUAUCCGCGACUACGACAAGUACUUGAUGAGAAACUUUGCUCGUGGUGCCACGAGAAAGGAAUUGAAUGUGAGCUGGCUCAAAAAGAAUGAGCUUGAGUUCAAGAAACACAUUGACGACUUCAGAAGCUAUUGGAUGAAGAACAAACUGAACAUCAACAACGUCAGUCGUGAUUUGUAUUUUGAAAUUCGAGAAUUCAUGAGAGGCAGGAAGUUCAACGUGCAACAGUACUUGGAAAGUCAAAACAUGAAAAAGAAGCACAAGGGUCUAAUUAGCGACUCGGAAGAUGUUGCUUCGUCGUCAUCGUCGUCUUCUUCUUCUUCUACUAAAACUACUACUACUGCUAAUACUGGUUAUAAAGGUGGUUCUCCCUUGACUGACUUUGCUUCAAAAUAUAUUGGAAAUGCCAACAAAGAAUUGAAUAAUGCAGGCAAGGCCAUACUUGAAUGGAUACAAGGAGAAGAAAUCGACGAAGAUGCCGAUGACGAUGACGACGACGAUGACGACGACGAUGACGAGGAAGAAAUCAAGCCAAUUGUGAUACGCAGGACGAGGAGGAGAAGCACUGGCAAUGGACCUAGCGGGUCAAUAAUCAACGGCACGCCAGUUAAAACUGCCAAUAGUGCCCCGGCAAAGAAAGAAGCUACCCCAAGAAGGACCCCAAAGAAGAAAGUAUGUAAGACGCAAUUGUAA